AGGUUCCUUGGUAAGACCUAAAGUCAUGAGAAGUGUUCAUUACUGCCCAGCUACAAAGAAAACUCUGGAGAGGAAAUACUCUGAUCUUACCACCUUGGAGGCAUUUCCGUCUAAUGCAAUUUACCCCACUAAGGAUGAAGAAAAUAAUCCUCUGGAGACAGAAUAUGGGCUGAGUACCUAUAAGGAUCACCAGACUCUGACUAUACAGGAGAUGCCAGAAAAAGCCCCUGCAGGACAGCUCCCUCGCUCUAUAGAUAUAAUUGCUGAUGAUGACUUGGUGGACAAGUGUAAACCGGGUGAUCGCAUUCAGAUAGUGGGAAUAUAUCGCUGUCUUCCUUCCAAGCAGGGAGGGUACACAUCUGGUACAUUCAGGACAAUCUUGUUAGCCAACAACAUCAAAAACUGAUGAGCAAAGAAAUUGCCCCAACCUUUUCAGCUAACGAUGUAGGGAAGAUCAAGAAGUUUUGUAAAGCUCAUUCUAAGGACAUUUUUGACCAGUUGAGCAAAUCCUUAGCUCCCAGCAUUCAUGGUCAUGAGUAUAUUAAGAAAGCCAUUUUAUGCAUGCUGCUUGGAGGAAAUGAAAAGGUUCUUGAAAAUGGAACACGUAUAAGAGGAGACAUCAAUGUUCUACUAAUAGGAGAUCCUUCUGUUGCCAAAUCUCAGCUUUUACGAUAUGUCUUGCACACCGCUCCUAGAGCAAUUCCCACCACUGGUAGAGGAUCCUCUGGAGUGGGAUUGACCGCAGCAGUGACAACCGACCAGGAAACCGGAGAGAGGCGUUUGGAGGCUGGUGCCAUGGUUCUGGCUGACAGGGGUGUCGUUUGUAUUGAUGAGUUUGAUAAAAUGUCUGACAUGGAUAGAACUGCCAUCCAUGAAGUGAUGGAACAAGGACGGGUAACCAUAGCAAAAGCAGGAAUUCAAGCAAGGCUAAACGCUCGGUGCAGUGUCUUGGCUGCUGCAAAUCCAGUCUAUGGAAGGUAUGAUCAGUACAGGACUCCUAUGGAAAACAUUGGCUUACAAGAUUCACUGCUGUCAAGAUUUGAUUUGCUUUUUAUUGUUCUGGAUCAAAUGGAUGCAGACAAUGACCGUGAAAUUGCAGACCAUGUACUGCGAAUACACAGAUACAGAACUCCUGGGGAACAGGAUGGUUAUGCAAUGCCUCUUGGGUGCAGUGUUGAGAUGUUUGCUACAGAUGACCCAAAUGCCAGUGACGUGACAGAUCAGGAGUUGCAGAUCUAUGAAAAACAUGAUCAUCUCCUUCAUGGACCACGUAAAAAAAGUCUGUAGAUUAG